AUGUUGUCUGUGUGUUUCUCUCCAGCGUCUUCUCUAGAGAAUGUCAAUUCUGUGGGCCAGAGGAAAGUGGAGUCAGACAGCGGAGCCUUCACACACUCCCCCACACAGGACACAACGAGUGAGAUCCACCAUUUCACCACAGCAUCCGCCAUGAACGUCCCCAACCACCGGCCUGUCUUCAGAGGCUUCGCCCUCCAUGAACACCUGCUCACUAAAAACUUCCAGGGGGACCAGCGGUUCUUCACAGACCAUGGAGAUGUGGCAGGACAUCCCACAAUGCCUGGCUUUGUUUCUGCUUUUGAGGUGGGACAAGCUUCGACUCGCCUGGUGCCACACGAGGAUGCCCCUACCUUCUCUGACAUCGCCACUACUGCCACGGUGGCUGCCACAACCCCCCUCACCACCUCUGCUCCUACAGCCCCUGGGCUACUGGUGAGCAUGGCUCAGAAGGACAAGCCAGCCGAGGACAAGGCCAGGGAGGCAGAGAAGGUGACGGUGACCACAGACUCCCUGACCAACCCUGUAGUGGCAACCACUGCUCCUACAGUCAGUGGCCGCAGCCCCAAUGUCCCCCCCUCCCUGAAUGGAAGCCUCCAUAGUCAGGGGGCAGUUGUCAUGGAGACCACUAUGGCCCCUCCUGUCCUGACCACCUCAGUGAGGGUGGAGAAAGGGGAGUCAGAGGAACCAAGGGUAAAGAACAGGGCAGACCCUGGCAUCCAGCUCACCAAACUGACCGCAGCAUCCACAGGAGAGGUGGAUGAGGGAACGACCACCACAACCCUCAUCACAACCACCACCAUCACCACCAUGCAGACACCAGGUACCUUCUAUUUCUAAUGGUCUCAUAUGAAUAUAGAGUGAAACUAGAAGUAUGUAAAUCCAAUUACAUCUAAUUGGCAACUGCAUCUUUUCUGUAAUGACUUAAUGCGAUGGCUUUGGAGAAGCAGCUUUAAUGUAGGCAUCAUCAAAUCACUUAAGCUAUCAACCUGACUGCCUCUCACUCACAGUGUUUAUUCAGACUUUAGUCAGAGUUUUAUACAGCGAGGCAGGAACAACAUCUGAGAGGGCAGUCAGUGUUGCUCAUCCUUCCAUGGUGACUUCUCCCAUUCAUCCGGCACCCAGGAUCACAAAGCUGAUCAUGCGGCAAACCAAUCUGCCAAGGCUGGCUCCACCUGAUCUGUGCUGCCUGGCUGUCCUGUCCAGUGGCUCUAGAUGGCUGAGGGCUGUGUGAUCUCUGGUCCCUGGGCUGAGAGGUAGCAAACCUGGGAAGUUAAUGAGUAGGUUAGAGGGCCACUGAAACACAGAUGGGCUGUCAGAAAGGGAUCAGUGGUCUGGGAAGAGGGAUCACUUGUAUUUUUCUGUCUCCUGUGCCAGGUCCCUGCACUGUGAAUUUCACUGACCCAGAGGGCCACAUUGAGAUUCCACAGCAGCAUUCCUCAGCUUUGUCACCUGACUCUGGAGCGGACUGCACCUAUGUGGUGACCGUCUACCUGGGAUACGGGAUUGAAGUACAGGUCAGUGAAGACAGGAUACUGUUUAUGUUGUCCCUUUUAUGGGGUUCACACUUCUCAAGGUUUUAA